AUGUCUACCGACGCUGCCCCUCCCGUUGAGGAUAAGGAGAAGCGCAGUCGCGUCUUCUUCGACAUAUCCAUUGGUGGCAAGUCUGCUGGCCGUGUGACCUUUGAACUCUAUGACGAUCUCGUCCCCAAGACCGCCGAAAACUUCCGUGCCCUGUGCACCGGUGAGAAGGGCCUGGGCAAGUCUGGCAAGCCCCUCCACUACAAGGGCUCCAUCUUCCACCGCAUCAUCAAGCAGUUCAUGAUCCAAGGCGGCGACUUCACCGAAGGCAACGGCACCGGCGGCGAGUCCAUUUACGGCGCCAAGUUCGCCGACGAGGCCUUCCCCAAGACUCACGACCGCCCCUUCCUGCUAUCCAUGGCCAACGCUGGUCCCGACACCAACGGCAGCCAGUUCUUCAUCACCACCGUUCCCACACCCCACCUUGACAACAAACACGUCGUCUUUGGCGAGGUCCUCAACGGCAAGUCGAUCGUCAGACAGCUCGAGAACCUGCCUACCCAGAACGGCGACAAGCCAGUCAAGGACGCCAUCAUCGCCGACUGCGGCGUCCUUACGGGCGACGCCGCGCUCGCCGCCGACGCCAAGGCCCCCGACGCCAUGGGCGACGUCUACGAGGACUUCCCCGAGGACUGCGCUACGCCCCCCGAGGCCGCCGAGGUCCUCGCCAUCGCCACGGCCUGCAAGGACUACGGCAACCGCGCCUUCAAGGCCGGCGAUCCCGCCCUCGGCCUCGAAAAGUACCAAAAGGGCAUCCGCUACCUGAACGAGGAGCCCGACCUCGAGGCUCUCCCCGAGGCCGACCGCCCCGCCUUCCAGGCCCAGCUCGACGCUCUGCGCUUCGCCCUCAACAACAACUCGGCCCUCCUCGCGCUCAAGCUCGAGACCUUUGACGACGCCCACCGCUUUGCCGACGCGGCCCUCGCCGCCGCCGACAAGCCCGCCGCCACCGUCAAGGACGCCGACCGCGCCAAGGCCCUCUACCGCCGCGGCUUCGCCUCCGUCCGCCUCAAGGACGAGGAGGCCGCCGUCGCUGAUCUCGAGGCCGCGCACAAGCUCGUCCCCGGCGAUGGCCUCAUUCUCAACGAGCUCAACUCGGUCAAGCAGAAGGCUGCUGCGCGCUCCGCCAAGGAGAAGGCCGCCUACAAGAAGUUCUUCGCAUGA